GAGUGACGUAAUUUAUGGACGGCCCCUUAGUGUCUGGUUGUAGAUCAAAAUUGUAAGAAAGAAAUAUCAGGUUAAUUAUUUUUUUUUUAAACUUGCCGAGCGAAAAUAUGCUUCAUUAACUAGUAGAACUAUUUAGCUCUGAAGAAUCCAGUCUUUAAUCACGUCUAGCGUGGCUUCACAAUGCUGUCUAAAACGUUACCAAAUACCUGCAGUUUUGGAGGAAACCAGACUAAACAAAUACUGCAUGACAAAAACUAAAGCCCAUUCAAACUUUCACGUUGUGGGCGUGUCUGAACGUCCAGGGGACCUCCCAGGCACCGAAAUAAGUCACAAAGACCGACUGAUCCAGAAUGCCUAUUGACAAUCGAGCGAUACCUACGGCUGAAUGUUAUCAGCCUCCUUACACACGCACGCGUCCGAGCUUGUAUGCAUAACAAUAGCAUCGCCUCGGCACACAGCCGUUGCGUAUAGGUGAACAGCGCAGUGUUUAUAAAGGGCACGUUAUAACCGCAGCUUUGCCGUCGUGUUCAGUUGGAAGUAUGCAACAGGAGGACAAGAAACAGAUUGCCAGAGACCACGGCGAAACCAGCAGCCGCGGCAUGCGGGGGCUCCCGACGGCUCGCCUGGCGCAGUCCCCCGGGGUCGUGGAUGCGGCGAGCCGGCCCGCGUCGGAUCGCAGCGAGCCCGUGAGAGAAGGGCUCGACAGGGGGAGGCCCUCGCCCGCCAAGAGACGCGGUCGGGUAGGGCCACCCAGCUCGCAAGACUCCCGGCCAGGCACAGAUGCGUGCCGCAAGCCUCGCGUCUCAUUUCGGUCGGCAGUACGCGCCAUUCAAAUACUUCAUACUCUGGCUCAUCAAUACCGGGAGUCGUCCCAGGCGAGGCCAGAGAUGUUGUCCUUCGCUCAGCUUCAGUUUGGACGCGACCUCACAUCUUACGGCAAUGGACUCUCCUUCGAUCCGUCGUUCUACAGAGCUCCCAAAGAGCACGAUGUGAGUACUGAGACCAAGGCCGUUCUAUCUCUACCACCGGCUGUCCGCUCCCAGGAUAAGUUACGAGCGGCGCUGACCUCCUUGAGGACCGUCGUGGAGGCAUUUGGAGAAUUCCCGAAGACCAUGCAGAAAGGCCUGGUGAGAUACGGCUGGUAUGAAAGCUUCGGCCCCGGCCGAAUGAUCAUCCGGCAGGGCCAGGUGCCCCAGAAUUUCUACCUCCUGCUCACAGGCACCGCUCUCGUCACCAAGGUGCGCAUGGACCAGCAGAGCGGAGAGGUGUCCGUCAAAACGGUCACCUUCCUCAAGCAGGGCGACUUCUUUGGGGACCUGGCCAUUUUGAUGCGAGCGAGGCGGAACGCCACGGUCGUGUGCAAGGAGACGGUCGCCCUCCUCGCCGUCAACCGACAGGACUUUGUGAACAUCUUCAUGCAGAACGGCGUGUGCAGUGGCGAGCCCGAGUUUGUCAGCUUCCUCCGCUCCCUGGAGGAGUUCCAAGGCUGGCCCCUCCACCUGCUCCCGCUCGACAGCACCAGCGUGUGCAUCCACAGCUACUUUAGGCGUGGAGCUGUUAUUUGUAAAGACACCGCGACCUCAGACAUGCUUUACGUGGUCAAGUCGGGCAGCGUCCGAGUGCUGAAGGCGUUGGCGCCGGCUAAGCGGAGAUGCGGGACCCGUGCCGCCGACGCUCGGCCCCGCAGAGGCUCGCUGGACGAGGAGACCAUCGCUGCCCGGGGCUCGGGCCGGUCGGGCAGCGACGCGCGCGGGCAGCCGCAGCCGGAGGCUCGUCCCAAACUCGCCGGCGGUCACUCCGCCGGCCCUCGGUCCUCACCGCCGUCUCUGCGGGGUUUGCCGAACGGCGAAUCGCCGCCUGCAGGCGGGGAGGCUGUUGGCGGGGUGUCGCGCAGCUCCCAAGAGGCCGAGGAGAGGCGCGCGAUGGUUGGACUUGGAGCUGAGGGUUGCGGUGGUGGUGGUGAUGAUGGAGGCGGUGGUGAUUAUGUUGCCGGUGGUGGUGGUGGUGAUGGCAGUGGUGGUGGUGGCGAUUGCACGAGAGAGGGUGAGAGCGGCACCGGGGACACGAGGAACGGCGGCAUCGUGGGGUCAGGGAUGUCGAGCCACAGGAGCAGCCCUGGUGACUCCCACAAGGUGUACGUGCACGUGCAGAGCCUGCAGUCUGGACAAAUAUUCGGCCUCGCGGACACGGUGUUUCAGGAGAGCACGAGCAUGGUGCUCGUGUCCGAGGGGGCCGAGUGCGUCCUCAUAUCGCGCGAGUUCUUCCGCAAGCACGUGGACGACGCCUACAUUCAGCACCUGGGCAAGAAGCUCAGCCCGUACCCAUCACACGAGAGCCUGCAGCAGGAGCUUCAGUGUCUGGUGGAGUGGAACAACUUCAAGACCACGCUGAUCUCCCGCUUGCUGUGAUAAGGAUCGAGAUUGAACUUGAAUGGAAUCCCCGUUCGUUAAAGCGGCGGGUGCCGACGUGAUGCGGCGCAACG